CAGGACCAUGCGGGUCCGCAAAGUGUCCAGGUCAAGGAUGGGUGUUGCAUGAUAUGCAUGAGCUCUCCCAUUCAUUCCUAGCACCCACCGGGUGCUUGGACUUUUUCCUGGCAUCAGCCGGUCGUGGAAUGAUUCUUCCAUCGUUUCUCCUCUUCUCUCUGUUGCCUUGCUUGUCCAUGUGCUACUUCUCCCACUUCAGCCGGUCGUGUUUGAAUUGUCCACCUAGAUUACGGGUUCGGACCUAUUCGCUUUUCUUUGUGCUCUUUGUAUCCCUUUCUCCAUAAUAGUGGAAUGUGUGAAUAACAGCCGGCGUUGUUGCGUUGUUGUGUUGAGGCUGCUUUGUGCUCUGAAGGUCAUUGUUUCAUCUGGUUUGCGAUUGUCUCACCUGGAUGCUUUGAUCACAACAAUACCAACCCAAGCGUCCUUUGUUUUGCACUU